AUGCUGAAUUCGAGGGGCAGCCGCCUCUGGAUCUGCACUCGAUGCGUUCGAUAUGCGACCAAACCUCAGCGACGAGGGAUUGUUUCCGCCGUGGCCCAGGCCUUUUCACCGAGCGCUCCGGUCGAUCAUGCAGCGAGCUCUGCUCACGAUGAUGCUGUUCUGCGCAGUUUGUUCGACGCACCCACCAGCAGAUCUUUCCCCAAAUUCAGCCUCAAGAAGAGCCAGGGACUCUUCAAGAACAGAUAUCUCACCAGCCCGGAUGGCUUCCUUCGAUUCGCCAAGGCAAACCUUGAACGGGCGACCAAGAUUGUUCACAGGGUCCUCAAUGCGUCCUCAGUGCAAGAAUACCAGGCCGUUGUCCGCGACCUGGACAGGCUUAGCGAUCUGCUCUGUCGAGUCCUGGACCUCUCAGACUUUGUUCGGAUGACGCAUCCGGACCCCCGAUUUCAAGAUGCGGCCGCCAAUGCGUGGGCGCUGGUUUACCAGUACAUGAACCAGCUCAACACCAUGACUGGCUUGAGCGACCAACUCAGCCAGGCUUUGGCCAUGCCUGAAGUUACAGAGGUGUGGUCGGAGGAGGAAAAGACUGUGGCGGAGCAACUCAAGCUGGACUUUAUGAAGUCAGCAGUCAAUCUACCCAAGGCUUCACGGGACAGAUUCGUCGAUCUAUCAUCACGUAUCAGUGAAAUUGGUUCGGCUUUUGUGCAAGGAAUGCAACCGGAGAGGAAGCAGAUAACUCUACCUGCUCACAAGUUCUACGGCCUUUAUCCUGGUCUGGCGGCGACUCUAAAGGUUCGCUCCGAGAUCACACUCCCUACUCUUGGAUCAGAAGCGGCAGCUGCACUUCAGAGUGUCUACGAUGAGGAUACUCGAAAAGAGAUCUACCUCGCUCAGCGAACCGCAUCUCGUGAAACGAUCCAGUAUCUUGAGGCCAUGCUGAGGCUGAGGGGCGAGCUUGCAGAGCUGGCAGGAUUUGAAAGUUAUGGUCACAUGGCUUUGAAGGACCGCAUGAUGGCAAAAUCGCCCGCCUCAGUGAUGCAGUUCCUCUUGGCCUUGAGGGACCAUAACACCCCUAUCAUCCAAGAUGAGUUGAGGGAGUUGGUAUUGAAGAAGCGCGAUAGGCUCAACAUCCCAGACUCUAAGCUCCAGGCCUGGGAUAGGGACUUUUAUAUGGAAAAGAUCCGAGCGGAUAUGAGAUCUCGAAAGCGUCAAGAAGACCAACUGAGCUCAUACUUCUCGGUGGGAACAGUGAUACAGGGUCUUUCCAGACUGUUUGACCGUCUCUACGGCAUUCGCCUGGUCCCGCGGGAAAGCCUCCCCGGAGAGACGUGGCACCCAGACGUCAAGCGACUUGAUGUCAUUGACGACAAGGGCGACCAGGUGGCUGUCCUGUAUUGCGAUCUAUUCUACCGCCCGCAAAAGUCACCAAACCCAGCCCACUUUACUGUUAGAUGCUCUCGCGAGAUUCUCCCUAGCGAAGUCGCCGAGAUUGCAGCUGAGCAGGACAGUGAUGCGCCGACCUUUGAGUCGGCUGAGAUGGCUGCCAACGACGGCAUGGAGAUCUCAACCAAGGAUGGAGUGCUGAAGCAGCUCCCGACCAUCGCCCUCGUCUGCGACUUUCCCAAGAGUGACAACUCCAAGGAGCCGGCCUUCUUGUCCUUCCACUCUGUCGAGACCCUCUUCCACGAGAUGGGCCAUGCCAUCCACUCCAUCCUCGCCCGGACAAGUUUCCAGAACGUGUCGGGCACCCGGUGUGCUACCGACUUUGCCGAGCUGCCAUCGACCCUCAUGGAGCACUUUGCCGCCGACCCAACCGUCCUCUCCCUAUUUGCCCGCCACUGGAGGUCGGACCAGCCGCUGCCCUACGAGCUCGUAGCUGAACGAGCCCGUCUCACCAAGCGUUUCGAGGGUAUCGAUACCGAACACCAGAUCAUCCUCGCCAUGGUUGACCAGGCCUACCACGCCCCCGACGUUGCAAACCUAGGCUUUGAUUCCACAGCCGUCUUCCAUGACAUUAAGGGCCGCUUCGCCCAUGGGCCCCAAGACCCUCCCAACACCUGUUGGCAGGGCUUCUUUGGUCAUCUGCACAGCUACGGAAGCACCUACUAUAGCUAUCUCUUCGAUCGUGUCCUAGCUGAGCGUGUCUGGCGUGUCGUGUUUAAGGCCGGCGAAAAUGGUGCUGCUAUCAGCCGUGAGAACGGAGAGCGGCUCAAGGAGAACCUGCUGAAGUGGGGAGGUGGCCGAGAUCCCUGGACAUGCUUGGCUGAGACGCUCCAGGACGAGAGACUUGCUCCUGGAGACGAAAAGUCAAUGGCCCUGGUUGGAAGCUGGGGAAUUAAGGAUGACCAUCACCCAUAG